GGGUCGGGGAGGGAGGACUGCGGUGGCCGGUGUUCCAAGACGGUCCAGGAAGGUGUACCAGGUUCGUCCGGACCAACGGGACUUGACGCCGCACCAAAAGUCACAGGACCUUCCGUCCACGGCCUGGCUCUUGCAUGCGGCUGGUUCUUGAUUUGGCACACUUCAGGUUUUUUUGAACUUGUGUUGGGAUACGUCGGCCCGCCAGCACAGCGGCGGCGGGCUUCUGGUACAAUUUGGGAUCAACGUCCGCUACUGGCAGUUCAAAUGACCCAAACAAACGCCUCAAGAUGCAACCCUGCAAGCCACAAGCUGCCCGAGCUCGACGCUAAGCGUUACAUCGCGAAUGCGGGGAAUGCCUGUCUUCCAUGGACCCUGACGGCGUGGGGAAGACGCCAUCGGUCUUGGCACUGUUGUAACUGUCUUCUCACCGUCUUACUACGGAGGAUACGGACCGCGAGAACCACGAUGGUGUCGGGCCGGGAGGGGAACCCAGAGAUAUAAAGAUGUCGAGAUACUGUCCUCCUUGUCCUGCCUGAACUCACCAAGCACCUCUCAGCUCCAGAUCUUCAACUCCAGCCAUCACCAGCCCUUUUUCGAGUCUCAUUCACUUGAGUACUCAGUCUCCCCUUUGGUCAGCUCUCAGCUCCUCGUUCAAAGUCUCUCGACAAAUCCAUCAACAUGCGUUUCCUCGCUACCGUCGCCGCCCUCACCGGCACUCUCGUCGCGGCUCUCCCGAGCCCUCUCGAUGAGAUUCGCACCCGGGAGCUUGUCGAGUCUCACCGCCAGACCAUGGAGACCCUUGAGGCUCGUGGCUGGAAGUCGGGUGCUGGUGCGACUGCCAACGAACUGCUCGAUGGCGGCCCGUGCCCCAAGGUCAUCUUCAUCUACGCCCGCGGUUCCACCGAGGGUGGUAACCUUGGAUCUCUCGGCAGCCCAACUGGUGUCGCUCUCGACGCUGCCUUUGGCGAGGCCAACGUCUGGGUCCAGGGUGUUGGCGGUGCUUACUCCGCCGGGCUCCUCGACAACCUCCUCCCCGAGGGCACCACCACCGCCGCCAUUAACGAGAUGAAGAGCCUCCUCAUCCGCGCCAACUCGCUCUGCCCCCGGGCCAAGAUCGUCGCCGGUGGCUACAGCCAGGGUGCCGCCCUCGCCGGUGCCGCCAUCUCCCAGAGCAGCGCCGCCAUCCGCGAGCAGAUCAAGGGUGUUGUCCUCUACGGCUGGACCAAGAACAAGCAGAACAACGGCAAGAUCCCCAAUUACCCUGCCGACCGUCUCAGGGUGUACUGCGAGAGCGGCGACUUGGUUUGCAACGGCUCGCUCAUUGUUCUGCCUGCCCAUGGCACCUAUGCUGAUGAGGCUGCUGAUGAGGCGCCCAAGUUCCUGAUCUCCAGGAUCAAUGCCAGCUAG